AGGUAAUAAUGAUUUCGGGAUUGUACUACUUAUACCACCAACUGAGUUCUUUCUCUCCUCGGUCUCGCCGUGUGCUGCUCUAUCCGCGGAUACCUAUCCCCAAUGUAUUCGGUGGCACCGUCGCCAUCGUUCUCGCCGGGCACUGCUCGCCCUUAUCCUCUACCCACUCCCCAUGAUCAUCUCGAACAGUCCCUUCCUAACAUUCUCUAUGACCAUUCUCAUAUGUUGGCCCAGCAGACAUGGCAGACUCCACCACUUGACGUAUUUCCUUCAAAUCCCUACCCUUCUGUGCAGUCUCCCCCUUCUAUGACCCUUAAAGUCUGGAUUUUGGACUGCAAGUCGUGCGGUACUUUCCUGACGAACCGGGGCAUGCAGGCGGUGUUGUCACUUCGUCCGAAUGUCGCCCUAUACUCUUCUGAUGCCCUCCCGGUCAACUGUUCCGCAUACAUGUCAAGUCCUGAGGCACUUCGACCGCCUUCGUACCGUCCGCCGUCUUCCAACUCAUCCCAGCGUACGUGUGAAUGUCUUACCCAGACAUUAUGCUGCCAUGGCUGUGGCGCGAAUGUCGGUUACAUGAUUGUCAUCCCCUGUAAUCGAUGUACUUCUUCCUUCACUUCUUCCAAUCGCGCAACAAAUGGUCACCGUUUCGUAUUCCAUUCUAGCGAGAUCAUCGCCACCGAUCGCCAUUACAUUCCGGACGAGCCUGGCAUUUUACCCUACGAGUAUCCUCCUGUCCCACCCAUUCUUUCGCUUAUAUACCCUCAUCAUCAUCCCCAAAAUACGCAGUCUCGCCUGUUCAGCCCUCAUUACCAGUCUUCUCCUGCAUAUAGGCAAGAAUAUCUUCCGACGCCACCUGCAGGUGCACCACUCGUUUCCUCCACGUCUGUCUCCUCUAUUCAUGAAACCUCCCCUUUCGCAGAGCAACAUAAUCGUUCUAUCGAUAAUAGCCAUGAAUCUCCGCCGCAUGCUCCCCGUUCACUACCUCAUUUCGAACAUCCAUACCCCUUUGUAUCUGUCCCUUCCCAAUCUCCUUCGAUUUUGCGUUCUUCUUUUGCAGAUUCGGAUAGCCCCGAUGAUUCUAUCCCACCUCCACUCGUGUCACCUUCUUACCCGUACGAGCUACCGUCAGGGCAAUUGGAGACACCUCCGCCUUGCAUGCUCAAGCCUGGAGAUGUGCUUUAUUGGCACCAUCUCAUGAGACAAGGAGAGAUCCCUGGUAUGAAGGAAGAUGUUCGUGCUCGCCAACGGAGUAUCCCCGCAGUGAAACGCCUCCCGCUUGACCGGUGAGCGUAAAAUCGGCUAGGUAAUAAUCUUUACAUAUGGAACCAGCUCAAAACGAACAUUACGUCUUUUAUGACCAUUCAGAGGAAUAAUAAUAUUCUUAUUGCCUUGUUGGCUUAUCCUUAUCUUCCGAUUCUGUGCCUGGGUUAUUCACUGUACAUCGAUACCAUCCAGCGUUGUUUAUUUCAUUGUUCAAAUGUAGCUCCUUUAUGGCGAUCAGUUUUGUAUGAGUAUGGGUCCUCUCUGAAUUUAGACAUCGUG